CGAGAGCGUUUCAGCCAAGUUUAUUUGGCCAUCGUCCUUUCAAAAACUUGCAGGGCGCAACCACAACCACAUCUCAUCGCGAACAUUUCAAGGCGCACACCAUGGCUCAACCCGAAUUAUACGUGUUCCCAACCCCUGAUGACAUUUCAGCUGCUCUAAACGUAUUCGUGGCUGGAAAGUCUCGCGAUGCCAUUGCUCGGUCGGGCCGUUUCACUAUAGCGCUCAGCGGCGGCUCGCUUCCCAAAGUACUUGCCAAACAACUGAAAUCUAACAAAUCCAUUGACUGGUCAAAGUGGCACGUUUUCUUUGCGGACGAGCGCCUCGUUCCCCUUGACCAUCCGGAUAGCAACUAUCUAUUGGCCAAACAGGAGCUCUUGGACCAUGUUCCUAUUCCACAUGAACAAAUCUAUACAGCGGACCCCAACGUAGACCGUGAAACGGCUGCAAAAAAGUAUGAGGAGCAUUUGAAGAAAGUGUUUGGCAGCCAAGAUAUCCCUUCUUUUGAUCUGAUCUUGUUGGGGAUCGGACCAGAUGGACACACGUGUUCCUUGUUUCCGGGGCACCCAUUGCUUGAUGUAAAGGACCGCUGGGUGGCUUCUUUGGAUGAUAGUCCGAAGCCACCACCGACCAGAAUCACGUUCACCUAUCCGCUGUUGAACAAUGCGGACACCAAUGCUUUUGUGGUGACCGGAGACGGAAAGGCAGAGACUGUCUAUAAGAUCUUGGAGAAGAGGGAAGACUUUCCCGCUGGAAGAGUCAAAGCCAAGCAUCGUCUCAUCUGGUUUACUGACAAUGGUGCUGCAAAGCUGUUGACAAUCCCCGCCUCCAAAUUUUCCUUGUAAAAAGAAUUCUUCGCUUGUAACAUAGCAUGUAUAGCACUGGAUAUAGCAUGUGCAUGUACAGAGUAGAUUGAAAUUGGCAGCUGAAGCAAAUUGCGGAGUGAACAUUCUUUUCAAAAACUAUCAACAUUUGCUUUAUACAGUGAGAUAAAAACCUCAAUAUUUACACAAGAACCGAUC